AUGAAAUUUCAAGAGUGGGAGCUUCUGGCGAACUGGACCUUUUUCCUCAAUUUGUUAUGGUGGCAUUCAGUAGUGAGCGUAGUGAAUACUGUGCAGGUUCAAAUGCAAAAGAAAGAAAUAGACUUGAUGAUGGCUCAAAGGUGUAUUUCAGGCAGCAGCGGUGGCCGGUCUCCUGUUCAGUCGCCGUGCGCUGUGCGGAAGAGACCUACACUGGACAGAAUGUUCGCUUCGACGUCACAAAGAAAUGAUGAUGGUUUGCGGGCGUCUUACAAUAUCUCGUUACUUAUAGCCAAAUCCGGAAAACCGCAUACUAUCGGAGAGAAGUUAAUUUUGCCAGCCGUUGAAGAGGUUUUAAAAACUGUUUUACACAAACCUGCAUCUGAUAUCAUUAAAUGA